AUGUCAAGAGUAAUAUGCAACCAAACAGUAUUAUGCUUGUUUUUUCCCAUUUGCCAUAAUGGCACAUGCAAAUGUCCACUUAACAACCGUACCUCUGGCCCAGAUUGCAAAUUUUCACUUGAUGGUAUGUUUUAA